AUGGCCGGGCCUGCCCCUCUACCACUGGAUCUUGAAGUUGCAGGCGGCACCAACAUAUCAUCGGAUUCUGUGUUGUCAAAUAUCAUACAAGCUCUUAGUAUCAUUCAUAGUAGGUCAUCGACUAACGAAACCCGCCAUCAAGCUUCCGAAUUCCUCGAAUCUCAGAAAAAUUCAAAAUCAGCAGUCCAUACUGGCCAUUUCUUGGCAUCACAGAAGAGCAACUCUCCAGUCCUCCGCCAUUUCGGCCUAUCUCUACUUGAGCAUGUUCUCAGACAUAAUUCCUCAGGUUUGUCUCCUCCAGAACUGGAACAUCUAAGGGUGAUAAUUUUGAAUUUGGCCCAAUCAAUCAGUCCUCAAGAUGAGUCUUUUAUCAGCAACAAGACCUCACUUUUAUGGGUAGAAAUAGCAAAACGGAGCUGGGGUCUCGAGUGGAUAGAGAUGGAUAGAAACCUGGUUCAAAUUUGGGAUAUCUCUCUGGCGCACAAGAAAUUCGUUCUUUCAAUUUUAGAAACUUUAUCUGAGGAUACUUUUCAUCACGAAGAUACAAUUUCUUCACUUCGUGGUACGGAUCUCAAUCGUGCACUUGUCGAAAUAGUUACGCCGUACUCUGUUUUCCAACAAAUAUACCCAAGGAGAGAGCACCACAUCGAGCUACGCCACGGAAGCGAAGGCUGGCUUUUGAGGACAUGUCAUUUUUUAAGCGAUUGUCUCGAUAACAUCCACGGCUCUCGCGAAGUCAAAAUAUGCGCUGCGAAAGCUUUAGCAACUCUUCGAUCACUGAUGUUUUGGUCCAUUCCUUUGGCGAUAUCAACAUCCAUGUGUGUUGAAACUACUUUCAAAGCUUUAAAAUCUCAGGAUGAGGAUAUUCUUAUGGCCGCAGUUGAAGCUCUCCAUGCACUAUAUAGCAGGACAAGCUAUGAUAUGGCCGAGUUUCAGGCCCUUGUCAAUCUGGUAUAUCAAACUGAUAAUCUCCAGUUGCUCCAAAACGUUUAUAACUGGUCGAUUGUUGAUGUAAACGACAUUUCGGAUGUGAAAUACAGUAUAUCUAAAAAACUAUCAGAGCUAAUGUCUUAUAUUUCCGGAUUCCUUGAAGAGAAAAACUUCGAUUUUCACCAGAACAUCGAUUUGGGGUUCUUUUUCCCGUUCCUAGUCAACAUCCUUCGGCAUCCAAGCCUGACCGUGUCUAUACCCGUCCUUCAUUCGUGGUCAAGACUAUUGGUAUCUUCCAGAAUCACGGGCUUGGAUGUCAUCCAUGGACUUAUUGCACCCAUACUUGAGAUUUGCACUCAACGUCUUGUUCGCUACGAAACUUUACCUGAGAAUACCAAUGAUCCCACAAUCAUAUUUCUUAAUGAAGAUAUUGAUACCACACCGGAAAGGCAUGCAUUUGUUGGGAAUUAUCGACGAUACUGUUCCCAAACGAUUGAACUGAUUGUGUUUCAACGACCACAUGAAGCGAUCCCACAUAUACUAACCAGAGCAGAUUAUGUCCUUAACAAUCUCUAUAAUUCAACUGGUCCUUUUAAUCCGGCAAACUUUAAAAAAUACUCGCCUCCGUCGUUGCAAGCAGAUACCCAGUUCACGGUAGUUGAGGCAACGCUAAGGGGGUUCAACAAAUGGGUAGAUACCCUCGGGAAAACGCCGCAAGAGGAUGAACAACAACGGCUUGGUCUAGAAAAUUCCCUCGAGUUAUGGGCGCUCAAUCUGUUGCAGAAGAAUUUCGACGACCCUGUUAUCAAAGAACGAGUCAUAAGGUUAUCAGUUGACUUUUCUUAUAAGCCGUUGAAAAAUAAGCCAAGUUUUGCUCUCAAGGUUCUGGAGCAUAUUCUGACGAUCAACCCGGUGGAUCGUCCAGAAUGUCCAACUUAUUCUGAAGCCGUGAAAGAACUUUACAGUGUAGCUACCUGCGAAGUGCGCCGGCUGGCUAUACGUUACGCUGGUUAUUUUUCAACCUUUUAUGAUGCUCUAGAACCAAAAGUUCAAGAGAUUGUGUCAGCGUCUAAUGGGGAGGAGAAGCCCCAUAUGGAGCUUUCUGCUAUCCUGCUUAUAAUAAUGCAACGGGCACCACAAGUAGAUUCUGUUGUACGACAGUCUAGACUACAAUUGUUCAUCGAACCGAUCAGACAAUCCUGGAGCAACGAAGAGUUUAAGCAGAGCUCAACCACCUUUGAAGGAUUUUGUCAAAUUCUUGGAUUAGACCGAAUUUGGCCUUACCUAGAGCGUCUACAGGCUCAAAAUAUAGAAGAUUGGUUGGCGAUACCUCUCGACGAGGAGGGAAAGAAGAUACAAGCCCUUAUGACAUCAAAUUUUCAACGACUUCCACUGCGCCUGACGAAAACAAUGUUAUCCGUAUCCACAGAAAAGAUACAAGUUAACGACCCAGCAUACUCAAUUGCAUGCGAUUUAUGGCGGGAAUCAAUCCCUCUUAUUCUCCCGACAUUGCUUCAGCUUCUCAGCCACGCACAUGCGUUCCACAACCCAGACAGCUAUCCUGAGCUGUCACCAAAUAUGCGUCCACUCGUUCGAAGAAUCCUCACGGAUCGGUUUUGGCAAGCGGGCAUCUCAAGUGGUAGUAAAGAGGAAUUCUAUGCACGUAUCACUGCCUCCAAGGCUACACUUGAAGGAUUUUCAUCCUCCGUUCGAGGGAAAGUUAGAGCUGUACGAGAAGCUUGUUAUUCCAUUCUUUUCAGCAUGAGCAGGCUCCGCGAUCAUUUCUAUUCAUUCGAAGAACUCCCUGUCCCCCUUUCUCAAGCAUUAUUUAAAGAUGCCACGUGUCUCUCCUCCCAUCAGUUAUCUAUGCUUCUCAAUAUUUCUCGCUGUCUAAUUGACGAUUGCCCUGAGAGAUAUCGAAUCAAUUUCUUAACCCCGAUCUUAUCUGCGCUAUUUAUUCAGAUCGACAAAAAGUUAACUAAUGAAUGGGAUAUAAUCGAGCAUAAAAAGUCUGGUAUGCUGGAUGCUGAUCUAACAGAGGAGAUGAAGGACGAAAGUAUCCUGCGCCAACUCACACAUUCGGUUGCGGUUAUGGUGGCCAGUCUUCUUGAUCCGCAACGUAGAGAUCCAGAGAAAGGGUCUGAAUCCACCAAACAGAACGGUAUUACUAACCAGCCGUCCCCUUCCGAUUCAAUGCGCAACUUCAUUCUCUCAACCCCUCAGAUUCUCGAGCCAGUAAUUAUCUUUUGCACACACGCCAUUCGCAUGAAGGACACACGAUCUUCUGCUAUCAUUACGCGUGUUAUCCGAUCGAUCCUGGAAGUGUUUGUCCUCAACGUCGACAACCCUACCACGAGAAGUAUCCGCGAAUUCAUCAGCACAGAUAUCCUUAAAGCAUGCAUUACGUCCGUACAUGAUCCUUACUUCGUCGACAUGCAGAAGGAACUUGCACAGCUUAUUGCCUCCAUUUGGGUUCUCUACGGGGCUAGCAGCAACACGCCGACGAGGAUCAUAGAGAGCUUGCCAGACAUGUCUAAGAGCAAAGUUGAGGACACACUGGCGGCACUUAAGAAAUCCGAGUCUGGAAGGCAGCAAAGAGCGCUAGUUCUUGAUUUAUUAGAGGGCUUGCGAGGUGUAAGUAUCAGUGAACAAGGGCGCAUUACUGUUCCCAAAACUGUUCAAAGGGAACCCAGAUCUAUUCUGCAAGCACGGUACACAACGGAAAUGGAAGGGCAAGAAGAUAUCAAGGUCAAUAUCAAUAACGGGCCGGAUCUGACAGGGGUGGCAGAUAUGUUUGGGUAG